AUGCCUUGUGUCAAGGCUGACGAGAAGCCCAUGCCCAUAGCAGCUCUUUGGGAUAUGCUCGCAAAUGGUCGAAAUGCGUGGUCAAAAGUUCCAAAGGACCGCAUGAAUGCAGACGCAUUUUAUCACCCCGACAAUGGAAGAAAGGGAUCUUUUAACGUUCACGGUGCUCAUUUUCUAAAAGACGACAUUGCGGCCUUUGAUGCCCCAUUUUUCUCAAUCUCCGCAAACGAGGCCAAAGCGAUGGAUCCGCAGCAGCGGAUGCUACUAGAGACAACCUAUGAAGCCUGUGAGAAUGCUGGAAUACGACUGGAAGACGUCGUGGGUAGCAAGACGGCAUGUUUUGUCGGCACCCUCUCCAAUGAUUAUGGGGAAAACCUGCACAAAGACAUGGAAUUUAGUACGAGAUAUCAUAUCACAGGUAGCAUCACAUCCCUGCUCGCCAACCGAAUCUCAUGGUUUUUCGAUCUCAAGGGGCCCAGCGUGAUGCUUGACACAGCUUGUUCUUCCAGUCUAGUGGCUUUCCAUCUGGCGUGUCAAAGCUUACGCUCAGGAGAGGCUACAUCGGCCAUUGUCGGAGGAAGCAGCAUUAUGUUGAGCCCGGACUUCUUCAUCCUCUUGUCCGCACCAGGCUUUCUCGGUCCGGAUGGCAAAUCCCAUUCAUUUGAUAAUAAAGCCAACGGCUAUGGUCGUGGAGAGGGCGCUGCCUCUGUCAUCCUUAAACCACUAGACGCUGCAUUGCGCGAUGGUGAUCCAAUUCGGGCCAUCAUUCGAGGCACGGCGACCAAUCAUGACGGGAAAACACCGGGCAUUUCCCUUCCGAGCCAGAAAGCCCAAGAGGAGCUGAUACGCUCUGCCUAUCGCAAUGCAGGUUUAAGUAUGGCCCAAACAGGGUAUGUCGAAGCGCAUGGAACGGGGACCCAAGCCGGAGAUCCCCUCGAAACUAGUGCCAUUGGUAACACCAUUGGGCUCAGCAGAUCUACCGCAGAUCCCCUUUUGGUUGGCUCAAUCAAGAGUAACAUUGGUCACCUUGAGGGAGCCAGUGGUCUUGCAGGCAUUAUCAAGGCGGUUUUGAUAGUCGAGAAGGGCCUAAUUCCAGCGACUGCAGGAUUCCAAAGUCCAAAUCCCAAAUUGCGCCUUGAAGAGCAGAGUUUACAGGUUGUUAGCAAGCUGACCCCAUGGCCUCAUAAAGGGCUCCGACGAGUCAGUGUGAAUUCCUUCGGCUUCGGUGGCGCCAAUGCUCAUGUGAUCCUGGAUGAUGCAUACCAUUACCUCCAAGAUUUGGAACAAGCAGAGGACGUAAUUAGCCACACGAAUCCAAAAGGUGACGACGAGCCACUACGAGAUGAUGUCUCAGCGACUGGAUCUGAUAACACGAGUGCAUCUGAUUGGCAACUCAUCCCUUCCGAUUCCUCUAGAGUGUUUGUUUUGUCGUCCCACCAUGAGGAGGGAUGUGUCUCCAUUUCUCAGUCUCUGCAACAAUACCUGGGUAAGAAAGGAGAUGAAGAAUCCACUGCCGAGCUAUUAGACAGUCUCUCUUACACUUUGAGUGAGAGACGGAGUAAGCUGAUGUGGAAGACCUUUGUGGUGGCCUCCUCCGCCGCUCAACUGAAUGAGAGUCUCCAGAAGAUAUCCCGCCCUGUGAAAUCAGCGCCCGUUCGAUCACUUGCGUUUGUUUUUAGUGGUCAAGGUGCGCAAUGGGCGACUAUGGGUAACGAACUGUUAGUCUUUGACAGUUUCCGAACUUCUUUAGAGGCAGCAGGGUCCUACCUAAAAUCCAUGGGCUGCAGAUGGGACUUAAUAGAGGAGCUCGGACGCAAUUCCGAUUCUUCCAAUAUCAAUCAGUCUGCCUUCAGUCAGCCGAUCUGUACCGCGAUCCAAGUCGCGUUGGUUGAACUUCUCGCACAUCUACAGGUGCGACCGCGUGUUGUCGUUGGUCAUUCUAGCGGUGAGAUCGCAGCUGCAUAUGCCAUCGGGGCGCUUUCGCGUGAAGCCGCAUGGAAGAUCGCUUAUCAUCGAGGACGUCUCUGCGAGAACAUGAAUUACAUGAAGGCUCACACAGCGGGUUCAAUGAUGGCCGCCAAUCUCUCUGAACAGGAAGCUCGGGACGUUUUGGACCAGAAUCCAACCCUUCGUGUAGUCGUGGCGUGCAUCAACAGUCCUUCAUCGGUCACUCUGUCAGGAGACUGUGAUGACCUUGAGAGCCUUGGGUCCAUCUUGGCAUCGAAAAGCGUCUUUGCUAGACGUCUUAAAGUCGAGAAUGCUUACCACUCACCUCAAAUGGAGAUCAUUGCCAGGGAAUAUAAAGAGAGCCUCAGUGACAUUAAGGAUCUCACACCAAAGCAAGAAAGCUCGGGGCGCAUGUUCUCAUCCGUGACAGCUUCAGAAAUCAAAGCCGAAGAUCUCACCGCGGAUUAUUGGGUCAGGAAUAUGGUGUCUCCAGUGAGGUUCAGUGCAGGUGUGCAGGCUAUGCUUCGUCCCGUGGGAAGGAGAGUUCGCGGUGGGCGGGCGGCAGUCGAUGUCAUGAUCGAGCUUGGACCUCAUUCAACGCUCAAGGGACCUUUGAAGCAAAUCUUGGACAACGAUGAAAUGGAGGUUCCGUACUUCAACCUCCUAGCACGGGGUAAAUGCGGUCUCUCGACGACUCUUCAGGCUGUUGGCGGCUUAUUUCUCCGGGGAGUGAACGUGGAUAUCUUACGGGCGAAUCGUCUGGACUAUUUGGACAGCAGUGCGCUCAGGGUCCUCACAGACCUUCCUUCAUAUCCCUGGAUGCAUUCUCAUCGGUUCUGGUAUGAGUCUCGCUUGAGUCAUGAUUAUCGUCACCGGGCACACCCUCGUCACCAUCUCCUUGAGCCUCGAUGGAGAAACUAUUUGCGAGUUUCUGACGCUCCUUGGAUCCGCGAACACGUCGUUCAAUCCCGUAUUAUUUAUCCCGGUGCGGGAUUUCUGGUAAUGGCUAUUGAGGCGGCUUCUCAGCGUGCUGAUGCAUCAAAGACGGUGAAAGGGUUCGAGCUGCGAAAUGUGCAGAUCAGCCGAGCGUUACAUAUUCCAGAAGAUGAAGAGGGCGUGGAGACCAUUCUUCACCUACGCCCUCAUAAUGCAAAUAGUCAAAUAAAGGGCUCCAGUUGGGAAGAAUUUGUCAUCUAUUCCUACCAGUCUAAACAGGGCUGGUUGGAACACGCGCGCGGCCUAAUUGUUACCCACUAUCAUUCCAAACAGCCAGGCUUUGAUCAGCAUCGGGAAAACAUGGAAGAGAUUCGGCUUCAUCGGGAGAAUUGUCUGCAAUAUUCUCAAUCCUGCUCAUCAACAAUCCCAACUGAUGCGUUCUACGAUACCUUGGACCAGAUGGGUAUGCACUUCGGCCCGGAUUUUCGCAACUUGUCUAGCAUCCAAUUUAGCCAAAACCAGAGUCUCUGUCAACUACAUAUCCCAGACACCCAAUCACAAAUGCCAGAAAUGUUUGAGUUCAAGCAUACAAUUCAUCCGAUCACACUCGACAACAUUUUUCACAUGGUUUUACCCUCGCGGAUGCGGUCGGGUGCGUCGAUGGAUGCGCAUGUUCCGGUAUCAUUGCAGAGUCUGUACAUUUCUGCUGAUAUCAAGAACACCCCUGGGUCACUUCUCAGUGGCCAGGCGACUGUUUCACGGGAGGAUGAAAGUGGCUUUGAAGCAACUGUCGCUAUUUCUGACUCCGACUGGGACAGCGUCCAGCUGGUGAUUAAAGGCCUGGAACUGAAACGCUUGGCCACAGUUCCUCAGAAUGAUUCAUCUGAUAGAACUAGCCCCCACUCAAGAAAGGUGGUUUUUCACUCGAGUUGGAAAGAGGAUGUCGACUUUAUUGAUCGGGAACGCGCUGCCCAAUUAUUUACAACGGGUCUAGGGUCGGGAUCUCAAGACCAUAUCAUGAUCAGGGAAUUGGAACAGACGGCUCUCAUCUAUAUGGAACGUUGUUUACGAACAGUCCGGAAAUCCGGCAUCGGGAACCUGGCAGUCCACCACAAGCUCUUUGUCAACUGGAUGCAGGAUAAUGUUGACAAGUUCGCAGACCAAAAAGUGACGUUGAGCCUGGACUCCGAGCAGAGACUGAUCGAGAAAACACGAGUCCAGAGCAUCGAUGGUAGCAUUAUGUGCCAAGUUGGUGACCACCUUGAGACCGUCCUUCAAGGCCAUAUGGAGCCGCUUGAGGUGCUCUUGCAUGAAAACCUGCUCCAUGAAUACUACGCCAAUGGAUUUGGCCUGGACAGAGUAUAUCAUCAACUAUCAUCAUAUCUUGAUCGACUGGUGCACAAAUACCCCAACAUGAGAUUCCUCGAGAUUGGUGCAGGCACAGGCGGUGCCACUCUCCCAGUGCUACAAACCCUUGGUGGAAAUGGCGAUCAUCCCGCUCGAUUCAAAUCAUACACAUUUACAGACAUCUCAUCGGGAUUCUUCGGAAAGGCGAAAGCCAAAUUUGAAGAUUGGGAAAAGUACCUCUCAUAUCAAAUGCUCAACAUUGAGAACGAUCCCCAAGGCCAAGGCUUCCAGGAACAUCGAUACGAUGUUAUCAUUGCUGCCAACGUUCUGCACGCAACUCAAACUAUGGAUCGCACGAUGUCUCAUGUCCGAAAGCUCCUCAAGCCAGGUGGAAAGCUCAUCAUGAUCGAGAUUACGCAAGAGCUGAUGCGUAUCCCAAUGAUUAUGGGAAUUCUACCGGGCUGGUGGCUUGGGGAGGAGGAUGGCAGACAUGGUGGCCCGACUUUGAAUCCGAAAGGAUGGGAUACACUGCUCCGUCGUCGAGGGUUCAAUGGAGUUGAGAUUGGCCUUGCUGACUAUAGUGAAUAUCAGGAAGAUGAGCUGUUUAGUGUCAUUGUCUCCACUGCCGAUUCAAGUACCUCGGAUGUCUCAUGCUCAGAACCCCAAACACUGAUAAUUCUGCCGGAGCGGAGAGGACAUCAGAGCGAGGAUGGUAUUGUCAGCUUGAAGGCUGCACUAAGCCAGCAAGGUCAUCGUGUCUCUGUAUCCUUCUUAACCGAUUUACCCUCGGACUUGGCAGAGUUCAACUGUAUAGUCCUCCUAGAGCAUGACAAGCCAAUCCUCCCAAAUGCUACUGGCGAAGUAUUUGAUGCAGUCCAACGGUUGCUUCUCACUUCCAAGCAAGUCCUUUGGAUUACCAAAGGUGGUGCCAUGGAUACGCCCAUACCUGAAGCGAAUAUGAUCGUUGGUCUCGCGAGAAGUAUCCGGGCGGAACAACCUGGUUCUCUUAUCUCAACACUCGAUCUUAGUUCGGACUUGAAGCUGGUUGCAAAAUGGAUAGUUGACAUUUUGCAGAUUCAACUUGCCUCACCAGCCCUGAGCCUUCACUCCCGUGAUUACGAAUUUGUGGAAAGAGAUAAAUCAAUCAUGAUCAGCAGACUCGGAGAGCUCAAGUCUGUCAAUAGUAUGGUUGUUUCUCAUUCCGGUACACAGCCCGUCACCAUUCCUUUCACAUCUUCAAGGUGUCCCCUUAAACUCCAGAUCAAGGUGCCCGGUCUUCUUGAUUCUUUACAGUUCACAGAGGAUGAGGAGACAAGCCAACCCCUUCCUGAUGACGAAGUGGAGGUGGAGGUUAAGGCUACCGGCCUAAAUUUCCGAGAUGCCAUGGUCGCUAUGGGCAAAUUCCCCGGUACUUUUGGCGCGGAAUGCAGCGGAAGGGUGACGAGGAUUGGCCAAAAGGUCACGAAGUUCAAACCUGGUGAUCGAGUCUGGACUGCCUUGAUGGGUUCCUUCAGAUCGACAGUUCGAUCCCACGAGUCACUCUUCCAGCAAAUUCCAGAAACUAUGAGCUACGAAUCUGCCGCUUCCUUGCCCAUUGUGUACAUGACUGUGUAUUAUUCACUCUUCGAGGUUGCGCGCAUGCGACGUGGUGAGAGGAUUCUCAUUCAUGCCGCUGCAGGUGGUGUUGGACAAGCAGCGAUUAUUCUGGCCAAGACACUUGAUGCUGAAAUUUUUGCCACUGUCGGCUCAGAGCAGAAGAAGAAGGUCAUCAUGGAUCUCUAUGGCAUUCCUGAAGAUCACAUCUUCAACAGCCGAGACCUCACGUUUGCUAAAGGCAUCAAGCGGAUGACGGGCAAUCGCGGCGUAGACAUCGUUCUGAACAGCUUGGCUGGCGAAGCCCUUCGGUUAUCAUUCCAGUCACUGGCCAUGUAUGGCCGAUUUAUCGAACUGGGGAAGACAGAUAUUCUGGGCAAUAGUGGCUUGGAUAUGGCCUCCUUCGAGGGAAAUAUUACAUUCUCCUCGGUUGACAUCGCCGCCAUUAUGAAGGAUGACCGACAGACCGCUGGCAGAAUCUUGGGUGAAAUCGCAGUCCUGUUACGUAUCGGCGUCAUCAAAGAAAUACAGCCCAUAACUGUGUACGACUACUCCAAUAUUGAGAAAGCCUUCCGGGUCAUGCAGUCGGGGUCUCACGUUGGAAAGCUAGUGCUCCGGCCCACAGAAUCUAGCAUCGUGAAGUGUGACCCAAGGAGCCAAUUUCCCAUCCACUUCAACCCCGACGACACAUAUCUCCUCGUCGGUGGUCUCGGUGGCUUGGGAAGAAGUAUUGCACAGUGGAUGGUUAGCCACGGCGCCAAAAACCUUGUAUUUAUUUCCCGAUCUGGACCCAAGAGCCCAAAGGCACAGGACCUCGACAGUCAGCUGCAGAAAGCAGGUGCAAAUAUAGCCAUCUAUGCCUGUGACGUGGCCGACAGAAACGCGCUGCAAACGGUCCUUUACACUUGUAGUCAAACUAUGCCACCGAUCCGUGGAGUCAUCCAGGGAGCGAUGGUCUUGGAGGACAGCCUGUUUGUGAACAUGACGACCGAGAAAUUCCGUAUUGCUGCUCGCCCCAAGGUCCAGGGAUCACGAAACCUACACGAUCUUCUACCUCGUGAUCUCGAUUUUUUCACCAUGUUGUCCUCGUCGGCUGGUGUUAUCGGUAGUCGAGGUCAAGGGAACUAUGCAGCCGGGAACACAUAUCAAGAUGCGUUGGCUGCCCAUCGUCGAUCUCAAGGGCUGGCUGCGUCGACAAUUGACCUCGGAUUGAUCAUGGAUGUGGGUUACGUGGCUGAAAAUGCAGAGACCCAAGAAAAUCUGAAACGAUGGGGAUUCGUUGGCAUUCCCGAACAGGAGCUCCUGAACAUUCUUCGAGGUUCCAUUUCUACUGCCAAGCCCUCAUCCGAUAAUGACACGCCCUUUCAACUUACAACUGGUCUCGGUACCGGAGGUGUGAUUCAAGCAAAUCUUGGCGGCGAAUUCCCAUAUUACUUCCAUGAUGCGCGGUUCUCUCAUUUGCGCAACGUGGACAUCAACUCAGCGGUGCUCGCAGGUGCCAGCGGAAACAGCAACAAAGAGGUUCGAAGCUUGUAUGUUCAGCUAGAACAUGCGAAGACUCUCGAAGCCGCUCGGGAGAUCAUUGGUGCGGCUUUCCUUGAGAAGGUCUCGAAACUCCUCCUGGUAUCGGUGGAUGAUAUUAACCCAAGCAAAGCCUUGCAUGAGUAUGGGGUAGACUCCCUCGUUGCCGUGGAGAUUCGCAACUGGGUCUUCCAUGCGGCGCGUUCCAACGUGUCUGUGUUUGAUAUUCUAAGUAAUGACCCUAUUACGGUGUUAUGUGACAAGAUCGGGAGACUUUGUCCUCUUUUGAAACCUUUGGUGGAUGCCAGUUUAGAGAAGUGA